GUGCAAGCAAGAAGCGAGGAUUCUUUUGAAGACAAAACAUAACAGAAUAGUUCAAUUUCACGGUUUUCAAAUUAAAGAUGAUGAACUUUUUAUCUUCAUGGAGUACCUAAAACAUGGUACUCUUACGUCAUUCAUAUCGAAACGAGGAAGUUUAGAUGAGACAUUGACACGUCAUUUCACCAUUCAAAUUUUGGAGGGUGUGGAAUACCUGCACCAUAAAAAUAUUUUACAUAGAGACAUAAAAGGUAACAACAUUCUAAUGCAAGACGACAGAAAUAUUAAGAUUACUGACUUCGGGCUCUCUGAAAUUGUUGAUGAAAAUGGAAUAAAAGCAGAUACUGGAACAAUACGAUACAUGGCUCCCGAAUUGAUCAACACAGCCGGAAAGAUUUUAAAAUAUACCAGCCGAGCAGAUAUUUGGAGUGUAGGCUGCACUGUUGUAGAAAUGUUGACGGGCAAACCACCAAACAAUUCAUUGCUUGAUGUACAGAUUGCGUUCAGAAUAAAGAACCGAGAUCCCCUGCUAUUCCAACUUCCUGCAUCAGCUUCAGAUCUUUUAAAAGCAUUUUUGGACAGGAUUUUUCAACAAGAAGCUAGACUGAGACCGACAGCCUAUUGGCUGCUACACGACGAUCCUUUUAUUGUUGUAGAAAAUUCAUGUGCAGUUGAAUUGGUUACAUAAUUUUAUUUUACACGUGUAACAGCAAUUAAAAUGCGC